AUGAACAAAUUAUUUGACAAUCUUGGAGUUACUCAUCUUUAUUCGACCGUAUAUCAUCCACAGACAAAUGGACAAAUUGAACGAUUCAAUGCAACUAUGGAUGGAAAAAUUGCCGCUUUAUGUAAUGAACGAUGUACAGACUGGGAUGAAGUAUUACAAUUUGUUACAUUUAAUUAUAAUACAUCAAUACAUGCAACAACAAAACAAACACCAUUCGAAAUGAUGCAUGGAAGACGAGCUACACUUCCAUUUGAUCAACAAAAAGAAAUUACUUCGCUCACACAAGAUCCAGAGCAUAGUGAAAAAAUUAUUUUAGUAAAAACAAGAAAUGUUAGAAAUAAAUUUGAUAUACGAUAUGAAGGUCCAUUUAAAAUUAUUAAACAAUUAGGACAUAAAACAUUCAUUGUUCAACAUGUAAAAAAAUUAACAGUAACAAGACAAGUAACAAUGGAUGUUAUCGUUCCCUUGAUGGAACGAUGGAAUUUAAUUCAAUAA